CCGUCUCCAGAUUUGGACCCACGUACUCGGGAAUCAAACCCUGCAUAUAAUCCCCUGUCUGCUACCCAGCCACACACGGCCACCAUCUCGACUGAGAACAUGCAUGCGGAUUUCAUGGCGAAGAACUUCAACGCCCCAUCCGGAUUUCUAUCACCGCUUGGACCACGAACUAUGCAAAUACGGAAAAGACGCAGGCAUUAUAGAUCACACGCUCUGUACAGUCUGGAUCCACGAAAACGGCGAGAUUUAUUACAUCCCCUCAAAUACAACAUGUCAAGGUGCGUCGGAUCUUGAGGAACAGUAUUUGCGGUGGUGGCAGAGAAAGAACAGAGCGCUAGCGCUAUUAAAGUCAUGUCGACAGAUAUACUCCGAAGCAACACCGCUCCUCUACACCACAAACACGUUCUCCUUCAGCACACCCUUGACAUUCAUCAAUCUCUUCCCCACCAUCCUCCCGCACAGAUUUCAAAGCAUACGAUCCCUUGAAUUCACUUUUUCGCCUGAGUUGCAUGAGUAUUUGUGCACGAGUCGAGAUAUGCCGUUAAGGAAAAUGUGCCAGCUGCUGAGCGAGAUGGAGAACUUGAAAAGGCUUAUUGUUGAGUUGACAGGGACAAUGUAUCUAUGGCAGGAGCUGUUGAUUUCGUUUCUGGAUGGCUUGGCGCGGGUGAGGGUUGAGGGGGAGUUUGUGGUUAGGCUGGGGUGGGGGGAGAAGUGGGAAGGGGGGUAUCCUGGGGCGUCGUUCAGAUUUAUCUGA